AUGUUUCAGCUUUGGGGACUUGUUCUCUUGUGUGGCCUGCUCGCUGGGACCUCAGCGUCUCUUCUUGACAAUGAUGUUGUGAGAGAGCUGCAAUCUGCUCUUAAAAAAGGACUUGAGACUGAUGACAGUGCAUUUGAAUCUGGCCUUGAGAAAGUGAAGGCUGAUUUUGAGUCAGUCCAGGAUUUCACAUGUUUGGAGAUAGUCACUGUGAAGGAUGUACUUACCGAGAAGAUCCAGGAAGCUGAGGUCUUGGACAAGGACAAUACUGAAAAUCUUCAACUAUUUUUCAAGUGUUUACGGUUGACAAUCAGGAGCAUCAGUAUCGGGAAUAUCACAUUCCGAGGGACUCCUGGAGGCACAGGCAUUAACCUGAGUAUCCCCAUCACUGCUGAGGUCACCCUGACCCUGCCUCUGUUGGGUGCCGUUGUUGACCUGACCCUCAACUUUGUCCUACAGACAAGUAUCAGCUUUAAAAUUGAUGAAUCUGGUACCUUAAUGGUGGUCAUGGGAGGAUGCACUUACACACCAGCCAAGAUCUCACUCCCCUUCGUGAACAGUUCCAUCUCCAGCCUCACUGGACUGAUCAGCGAUAUCAGAAAGACGGUGACCAAACUCGUGAAACUGGUGGAGGACUACAUAGUGCAGUACGUGCUGUGUCCACGAAUCCACACAGUCAGCAGCUCCUUGAAUGAGAAUUUGGUUAAGAACCUCAACGAUAUACUUCAGGAAACCACACAACAAAUUGUAAACUGA